AUGGAUUGCGAAGCAAAACACGAGAAAUGUGUGACUUUAGAAAAAAUUAAACUGGCAGAAGCACAAGAACUUGCUGAAACUAAUAGUGAGGAUGAUGUGGUAUUAGCUUAUGAAAAGAUUAGUGAGUCAAUAAAGCGGUUGGAAUUAUCAAAGGAUGGAGCCCUUCAAACUUUAGUUGACAAUGAUAAAGACUUAGAGUAUGUCAAAGAAUGGUCAGCGACACAAAAGGACUGCAUUGCGCAAUUCCGCAAACAGAGAGAUCAUUGUAAGCAACAGUUGGAUGAACUGAAAAACAAGGGACGAGAGGAAAAGUUGAAAAGGGACAUUGAAGAUCAAAGAAGAGUGAAUGAUGAACAAGCCAAGUUUCGAGAACAGUAA